CCCCCACGCCCCCCCAUCUCCCUCCCCCUCAUCUUGGCUAAUCAUGAGGUGCAGCACGUGGAGGUGGAGCUGGUGACUCCUCACCCAGCUGUGGCGGGGGGCGUCGCCCAAGACGGGCAUCAUCCGGAUGACCCUCAAGUACUCGGAGACGGACCUGGAUGCCGUGCCCCUGCGCUGUUACCGUGAGACCGACAUCGAUGAGGUGCUUUUGGCUGAGCAGGAAGACGCCGACUCAGCAUUUGGCAGUAACCGUAGCGUGAAAAGCACGUCGGGUACAGACAGCAGCCCCCUGGGUGUCUGUCCCUAUGAGAGCACAAGCGCGGAGGAGGAGGAGGUGGAAGGAGAGGAGGAGGAAGAGGAGCUGGAGGAGGAGGAGGAGGUGGUGAGCUGGGCCUCAGUGAGGAUGCAAGGGGACAUUAAGAGACAGCAGCAGCAGCAGGUGAUUAGUCAGCUGCUGAAGAGGCCGUUGGACAGUUUCUUUGACAACCUCCCGGCCCUCAAGUCACCCGUCCUGGUGUCGGGGCCUCGCCUUGCAGGCACCUCCGACGACAGCUUCAGCCGCCAUUUUGAGAGCAUCAUGGAGUCACACCGCGCCAAGGGCACGUCCUACGGCAGCCUGGACCUGGACAGUGAGGAGCUGCUGACCUCCAGCACACAGACCGUCCUGACCUUUGACCUCCCCACGCUGACCCCAGAGAUUCAGGGGGGUCAGAUGAUCUGUCAGAGCGCCCGGCAGAUUGUCAAGCUGAGCUUCGCCCCAUUGGCCCACUGCGAGAGGGGGACAAGCCUAUCAGAUUCCAUCGUCACGGUGACGGGAGACUCGGACGCCACGCGUGCCCCCUCCAGCGAAAGGCUGAGUAGUAGCCCGGAAGACACGCCCCUGAGAGGGGGAGGGGGCGGGGCACGGAUGCUGGGGAGCAGCUGGUACAGCAACCCCACAUUCUCCUUCCCUAGGUCAGUGAUGUCAUACAGCAGCAACCCCUCCCUCUCUUUCCACAGGGAAAAGGCUCGUCUGGUGACAGACUCAGAGCUGGACCAGGACCUCAGUGAGCUGCUGGGCCUGGGGAGCAGCGACACCCUCACCAAUGGUAACCGUGCCAACGGGGAGGCCGCUAAGCGCCUGGCCAAACGUCUCUUCACCCUGGACGGCUUCAGGAAGUCCGACGUGGCCCGCCACCUCAGCAAAAACAAUGACUUCAGUUGUAUGGUUGCAGAAGAGUAUCUACACUUCUUUAACUUCAAGGGUCUUGCUGUGGACCAGGCUCUGAGAGCCUUUCUCAGACAGUUUUCCCUGAUGGGGGAGACUCAGGAGAGAGAGCGGGUGCUGGCUCACUUCUCCAGGAGAUACCUGCACUGUAACCCCAAACUUAUACCCUCUGAGGAUGGUGUCCAUACCUUGACCUGUGCCCUGAUGCUGCUAAACACAGACCUGCAUGGCCAUAACAUUGGCAAAAGGAUGCCCUGCACACAGUUCAUUGGCAACCUGGAGGGUCUGAAUGAGGGUCAAGACUUUUCCAAAGACCUUCUGAAGGCUCUGUACAACUCAAUCAAGAAUGAGAAGCUUCAAUGGACAAUCGACGAGGAGGAGAUGCGGAAGUCUUUCUCAGAGCUGGGGGACACCAGCCAGGCAGACUCCACCUCUAAACACAUGAAGAGCAUGGCCAGCGGCGGGAAACCCCUAGUGGCCAUGGCCCAGCCCUCAGGAGCCCUGCUGUACAAGAACGGCUUCCUGGUGCGCAAGGUGCACGCCGACUCAGACGGCAAAAGAACACCGCGUGGAAAAAGAGGAUGGAAGACGUUCUAUGGCAUUCUGAAAGGGCUGAUUCUCUACCUACAGAAGGGAGAGUACCGGCCAGAUAAGCAGCUGUCGGACGAAGAUCUGAAGAACGCCGUGUCCAUCCACCACUCUCUGGCCAUGAGGGCUGCCGACUACAGCAAGAGACCCAAUGUGUUCUACCUCCGCACCGCCGACUGGAGGGUCUACCUCUUCCAGGCACCAAGUACAGAGCAGAUGCAGUCGUGGAUCACACGCAUCAAUACGGUAUCAGCCAUGUUCUCGGCGCCACCUUUCCCUGCAGCCAUUGGUUCACAGAAGAAAUUUGCCCGACCGCUGCUGCCAAGCUCCACCUCCAAACUGUCACAGGAGGAGCAGGUCCAGUCCCAUGAGACUCGGUUCCGGGCCAUCUCCACUGAACUGGCUGAGCUGCGCUCGUAUCCUCCAGACCGAAAGGUCAAAGGUCGCGAGCUGGAGGAGUACCGCCAGCGAGACGAGUACCUGGAGUUUGAGAAAACACGCUACGGUACCUAUGCCAUGCUGCUGCGGACCAAGAUCCGCUGCGGCGAGGAUGACCUGUCCGUAUUCGAGGUUCAGAUCCUGGAGGACAAUGGGCUGCAGCGCGCCCAUUCCAGCCCCACGCUGCAGGACUUUAGCCAGGCCUCCCAGGGCAGCAGCACCAAGGAGCCAGUGGGCUGCAGUGGCAUAGGAAAAGGCUCAAAGCACACCGAGGGCCAGAGAUACAGCUACCGCCAGGCUGUCAAGAAGUGAGGCAGGGCGGGGCGCCGGGUGGUGAUGACGUGGCAGGUUUGUCUCCCUGCGCAAGUUUUUAUUUGAAAUCCAGUGGAGGGGGCUUAUAAGAGCUUGAAAAGGAGAGGGGUGAGAGUGUACUGUAUACACCAUGCCCCCCCCCCAUGGCGCCCCCACCCGGCACCCCCGAUCUCCUCGGCCAAUAGGGGAGGUGCAGCGGUGCAGAUCCUAUGACUGGCCAAUGCCAGCGGUGCGUUGGGACAGGAGGGAGGGAGGAGCGUUGGAGAGGUCAUGUAGCUUGGAAAGAAGGUAUUCCAGAGAAGGCUUGCUGCAUACGUUAAUAGACGGUACCAUACCGUAUGGUAAGACAGAGGUUCCUCCCGUAAGCAGUAACGCCGCCGUACAGGGACUCCCAUCCAGCAUCUUUUUCUUUCCUUUUCUUUCAGGGCACCUCUCCCACAAACCCCUCCUACAGCCUUUUUUCUUGAAAUGUUUUCCUCUGAUUUGGGACCAAACAUGUUUACACGUUUGACACAUUAAGUCUCAGAUGACUGUGCUAUUGAUUUGAACACAUGUUACAGUACUGUAGUAACAGGAGCUAGAUCCUCGACUCAUUGCAUUUGCCGUUCCCUUUUUUUCCACGACAUCUGGGUGUGUCCACAUUCCAUGAGGGAGGCUAACGACCAGGGUACUUACAGCUCCUGAACUCUUCUUUGGGGCAAAUGUGAUGGCAACAAGGUGGCUCUAGUGGAUCAGAAUGGCAGUGCACUACACACCCGGAUCCACGAUGGAGGCUCAGUUGCAGCCCUCCCUCCUGGCCCAAGUCAGGGCGAGAGACUAUGCUCUCGUGACUUCAGACCGCUCCAAUCUCUGCCCCCUCUCUCUCUGUUCCCCUGUUCUCACAUUCUCUGUCUCAGAGAGGGGGUAACUGUGGCUCCCCUCUCUAUCAUCUUUUCCAAAUGGGUUGUCAGAGUGGUUGAUGUCAUUUGAGCCACACUAGUUUACUACUGUACAGCUACACACAAGUUAAAAAAAUGUAAUUGUACUUAAUAAUCCUCUCAGCAAGAGAGGCCCAUUGUUUCUUAAUUGCUUUUCCUUAAAGGGGCUUUCUGCGAUUAAUAUAUAUGCCCAUUGAUUCUUGAAGAAUAAAACUAUCAAUGCCUCAUGAGCUUAGUUCAACCCAAAAUAUAAACUUGUUUCACUCCUUUGUUUGUAAACAAUGUAAUUGUAAACAAACAUGGUAUAGCCUCAAAACGCCAUCCCCAUCCCUCAGCUGUUUACCAAAUCAGUGGUAGGGUAACCGCUAUGUUAUUGUUCAAAACUGCAGAUUGCCCCUUUAAUAACAGUUGUUAACCCUCCUACCUAGCCAGUUGUUUUAGCUUUGUCUUGCAGCAGGCUUCUUUUUACUACUCUGUGCGUGAAUGUUGUUUUUUCUCAGCAUGCCUGCAUCGAGCUCUGCCUUUUUCUUCUGUUUGGGGAAAAAAAAAUGUUUGGGUUAUGUUGUCUUUGUACCAAUCCUGUUGUAUUGACAUGUCUUCCCUGUUACUCCCUGUGUAAUCACUCGUUUAUAAGACCUGUUUUAACACUCACCAGGCAGACCCUGAAUGUACUUGUUUUUUCAAUAUUUGUACAGCAUUUUACAAUAACCUGUUGAUGUUGGACAUUCUCCCCCUCCUCCUGUGUACUGUUACAAGUGUCAUUAUACAUAAGUGUUAUUAUAGUAAACGUAUGGCAUAUGUUUUCUAAUAACCUGCCAACUACUAUAUUAUGCUUAUAUUGUAUGAUACAUUAUAUAUGUCGUUUUACAAUAUAUCCUGGUGAAUAUGCAUAAAAUAAACAUAGAGUUGAUAUUAUACAUUCCCUGUAUUUAAAUGUCCUGAAAGUGAUCUAUGAUAAUCAUGUGUUUUUACAUAGUAUUCUGUAUGUAAAGGGUCAAUAAAGGCACCAGCACAGUCUUGA